CGGACUAGGGAGUGAUGAGCGCGUGAACCAUCCUAAAGCCCUUAAACCACGAUUCAUCAUCAAUUUUUCUUCUUAUUGUUCUUUUCCUUAUCUUUUACGGGUGCGGGUUUGUUGAGUUGUUAGUUGGGUUUGGUCUUCUGGGUCCGAUAGUGUUCGUUUUCGUGUGUUUUGGAGGUUUGAGAAAUGGAGGGGUUACAGAAAUUGAUUCCUAAAGUCUCAAAGGAGACGAAGUUAGGCUCUUCCAGCUCUUCUCCUUUAUCCGAGACUCCCUAUUUGAGUGGCGGUAGAGGGGGAGGAGGAGGAGGAGUUUCUGCCGCUUUAUCUUCUUCUUCUGAUCCGUCUCAUGUUUUGGUCACCAGGGCUCCUAGACAAAUGAUAUCAUUGUGGACUUGCUCAAAGCUUUGUGCUAUUUCCUUUGUUGUUGGGGUUGUAUUCGGGUACACACUGAAGCGACGUGUUCAACGCUGGGCUUCCAAACUUCUCAAGAGAUUGAAAGAUAAUUGAUUCCACCCCGUCCUCAUUUUAUGCCAACUUCAGUGUUAUCAUUUACAGGUAAACUUUUCUGCUGAUUAUAGCUACUUAUGCGCAAAGAGAAAAAUUUGGAUAAUUUUCAGCUCCAAGACAGGCAAUUAGUCUCACUUCAUCAAUAGAUGAAUGACUUUGCUGAUAUAUAUUUUUUGGUGGGGGAUUUACGGAGGGGGGCCAAUUUGGAGUCAUUGAAGCAAGAAAUCUACUAUUUGCAUUUUCCUUUCUUUGUUUUAUAAAAUUCUCUUCUGUUGGACUGAACUAGUAAAUGAGUAACACAUAGUAAUUGCAUUUA